AUGACUCUGUCAGUCAUCCUCGCCGCGUCUCUGCUGGGCCUUUCCAAUGCCCUACCAGGUCGCGAUAACCCGGCUAUCCUAAAACGGGCUUGCCCUGACUAUGUUUCAUAUGCGUCAACGCCGCAUGAAGGCCCUUUGAAGCUUCCCUACCAGCGACCCGCAGAAGCAUGUCGGACGUUCUCAUCGCCCGCCGUCGAGAAGGUCAUCGACGAUAUAACAUCGCGCCUAACAGACAAAGACCUGGCCCAGCUUUUCCGCAAUGCCUACCCCAACACCCUUGACACCACUAUUAGGUGGCACACAAACGGAUCCAGUUCCUCUACGAAGCGGGCCAGCGCGCAAUCUGGUGCGCAGUGGACAGGCACGCAGACAUUCGUCGUGACAGGCGAUAUCAACGCCGAGUGGCUGCGCGACUCAACCAACCAGCUCACGAACUACCAAGCACUGGCUUCCAAAGACGCGAAAUUGUACUCACUUAUCCUCGGCGCAAUCAACACCCAGUCCGAGUUCGUCAUCCAGUCACCGUACUGCAAUGCAUUCCAGCCGCCAUCUCUCAGCGGAAUCAAGCCAGAAAACAGCACCCAAACGGACAAAGUCCACCCGGCCUAUGAAAAGUCCUUUGUCUUCGAAUGCAAAUACGAGCUCGACUCGCUUGCGCAUUUCCUCCUCCUCGGCACUGAGUUCCACGAGAACACCGGCUCAACCGAUUUCCUAACAGACCGCUGGUACAAAGCUCUGCAGACCGUACUGCAGACCAUCGACGCACAGUCUCAGCCGACCUUCAACUCAAAGAACCAAUUCGUCACAAACGCAUACACAUUCCAGCGCCAGACGACUCUCGGCACCGAAACCCUCAGCCUGGAGGGCGUGGGCAACCCACUAAACAGCGGGACAGGCCUAAUUCGCAGUGCCUUCCGUCCCAGCGACGACGCCACGAUCUUCGGGUUCUUCAUUCCACCCAACGCAAUGAUGUCCGUUCAGCUCCAGAAAACGGCAAAGGUCAUCAAAGCCGCCGGUGGACCGGACGAUCUAGUCAAGAACCUACAGGAGCGCGGCGAGAAACUCGCCAAGGCAGUCCGCGAGCACGGCAUUGUCCAGCAUCCCACCUACGGCAAUGUUUACGCCUUCGAGGUAGACGGGUAUGGCUCGCGCGUUCUCAUGGACGACGCUAAUAUCCCAUCACUUCUCUCUCUACCUUACCUCGGUUUCCUGGAUAAAUCGGACACUGUCUACCAGAAUACCCGCAAGAUGAUCACCUCCAAGUCUGGGAACCCGUAUUACCUGGAAGGUCCGGCAUUCCGUGGUAUUGGCGGCCCGCAUGCUGGUCUUGAGAAUGCUUGGCCUAUGUCUUUGCUUGUUGCGGCUAUGACUUCUGAUGAUGAUGAUGAGAUCCUGGCGAAUAUUAAUCUUGUUCGGGAUUCAAGCUUGCUGGGCCUCGUUCAUGAGUCUAUUAAUGUUAACAAUAUCAAGGACUAUACUCGUCCUUGGUUCUCGUGGGCUAACUCCGUCUUUGCGCAGACCAUUCUUAAGGUUGCUGCUGAGAAGCCGCAUUUGAUCUUUGGGAAGGGGGCAAAGCCUUAUACUGUGCAAUAG